CACUAUUCUACUUCUAUGAGGUUAACGUUUUUAGCUUCCUCAUAUAACACUUGGAAUAUAUCAUCCCAUUCUCUCCUGUCCUGUAAAGUUUUUGCAGAGAAAUCCACUGUUGAUCUAAUAGGGAUUCCCUUAAAUAGCUGCACCCUUUCUGGAGGCAAACAUCAUGGUCCUGUUGAAGCCCUGAAACAAAUGUUAUUUAAUCUUCAAGCAGUACAAGAAAGUUUUAAUCAGAAUAAAUCCACAGAACCAAAAGAAGAGAUUAAACUGGUUUUAGAAGAUGACAUCUCUAAAUUACAGUUGAAAGAAAGUAUGGUUCCUAUUACUAGGUCACUUCAAAAGGCUUUGCACCAUUUAUCUCGCCUGAGAGACCUUGUUGAUGAUACCAGUGGAAAACAGUCACCAAAAAUGUGAAGAGGAAAAUAAAACUGUCGCCACAAUAAAUAGUCACCACAGAACAAAUAUGCAUUUUUUUCCUAUUACUUAAACUGACAAAGUAAUUAUAAGCCAUAUAUAAUUCUGUCACUGGUUCAAGUAUUAUAUAUUUCUAAAAACUAAGCUUGAAAACAUCCAUAGAAUUUGUGACCUAUCCUUACUACGUGCCAAGAUAGUAGAAUAUGAAGUGGAAGGACCCACAAUAUAUUCUAUAGUCCUUCUUUGGUCUAUAGACCAGCAAAUGUCUAAUAUUCAAAGAUGGAUGAUUUCUCUUCUUGAAACUUAUAUGACCUAACCUUCUUUCAGCAUGCUCAUCAUUUUAUCAUCUGGUUCUGGAUUAUUAAGAAACUGUAUGUUUCUAUCUAAAAUCUUAAAUAGACUUUUUUGGAUAUAGUUAGUAUCACUUUUAAGAAGCUUAAAGAAAUAUCAGAAUUGUUAUUAUGUAUCUUAUCUAUAUGGAAGUCUGUCACUUUUAAGUUUUCAUAAAUCAAAUAUUUAAGAUAUAUUGUAUUUGCAAAUGUUAUAAAUUUAAUGGUGGGUGAAAAGCAGUGCUAAAAGGAAUAUUCUCUUAUGUUGUGACAUACAAGAGGACCUCUUCAUUUAAUUAAUACUUUGAUUCUGUGUAAGACAAUUUUGAUAAUACUUGGCAGUUUACAAAACAUUUUUGGAGAGAUAUUUGAGAAUUUAAUAUUUUGAUAUUAGAAUGUUUCCCAGAUUUUCUUUUUGUGGAUAGCUCAAACUAGUGAAAACUGCGACUUGCCAAUUGCUUUAUGAAAUUUGGUAACUAAAAUAAAAGGAAUAUGGAAAAUCAGAAAGCAACUCUGUAUUUUAAAGCUGUUGUGUAAGAGUUAAGCUUUCUUUAAAGCAUUCUGUAGUCUUCAGAGUUUGUCUCUAGUUGGAACUGAACAAAGCUCUAAAAUUUUGAAAUUUUUACUAAGCAGGUAUUAUUAAUAUCUCUAUAAUAAUAAAUGGGAAGCAUCUUUAUCAACAAAACUAAGAAUUAAGUUAUAAAACAUAACUAAUACAGCAUAUUAGAAAAGCCUGUUGAAAUUAAAAAAAAAAUCUGUGUAUAUAUACAAAUACUACAAAUUAACAGUUUACCCAAAUGGCAGCAUUUUUGCUAGUUAGAUUUACUGUCAAAUAGGAAUUUCUAAGUACAUUGGGUCAAAGGAUUUUUUUCCAAAUUAUUAAAGCAUCACUUAAUAUCUUUGUUAUAGAACUGACAUGUCAAACACUAGCAUGAACCCUGGUUUUUGUUUGUUUGUUUUUUUAUUUUUUAUUUUUUUUAUUGUUUGGGUUUUAUUUUGGCCAGUGAGUUUUUCACCAUAUUGCUCUGGCCAUUUUGUGAGGUACUUGCUAAUAGGUUUGUUUGUUUACUCUGUGGAGAUCUUUUUGCUACUGACAUCUUAUUUUCUGAUUAUGGUCUGCUUCACAGCAAGUAGCUUACAUAACCAAACAAGGAAUUCUUUGAAAAUUAAAAUAUGUCUGACUGUACAAAAAUGCAGAUUUUAAGUGGGUAAACAUCAGGUGGAUCUGGGUGGGUCAUGUUUCAGGCCUAGUGAAAGCCACUACUACACAAAUUCUAAAGAAGGUACAGAAGGUAAAAACAUCAGGUAAUAACUUCUAAUUAAAUAUUAAUUAUAUGUUGAUCAUAUAUAACAUAUACCAUCUCCAAAGAGAUUAUACUGUAAUGACUCUGAAUAACACAUUUAGCUAAUGCUUCCAUUUGCAGGAACAUAUUUCCAAUACUAAAUGAGAUAAACCUGUUCCAGAAGUUUAUGUUAUGGCUAAUAUUUUAAGAAACUUGAUUAAACUUACCAAAGGAGCAUUAAUAUUUUCUCUUCUGUUAAAUAUGGAAAAAUUUAGUCUUUUACCUAACACAGGAAUUAGUUUUAGCAAAAUGAUUAAUUCUAACCUUCUUAAAAGACAUAUCUAGGGUAUAUAUUAAAAGACAUAUCUAGGUAUUAUUUGCUUGGUAUUAACCAAGCAAAUAAUAAUUCUAAAUGAUAAACAUUUAAGAAAUUCUACAAGUUUAAUUAGGAUUUCAGGGAUUUUAAGUUUCCAGAGGAAAGAGCGAGACAACAAUAUGGAGACUGCUAAGUGGAGAAUUUAAAGCAGAUAAUGGUAACAAUUAGAUUUUAAAAAAUUGUAUUGUGAAUGUAAAAUUUUAUCAACCCUUUACUCUCUUUUAGAUAUAGUAA